AUGGAGCUCACUAAUAAAGGUCCGAAGGCUUGCACGACAUGUGCAAAGGCCAAGGCGCGGUGCAUUCCCGGCCCGGAGAGGAGCAGCAAGUGUGAAAGGUGCCAGAGACUAAACAAGGAAUGCGUCUCGCAGCGGCCCGCCCCGCCCCGAGCCAAAAAGGCGCCGAAGAGAUCCAGGGUGGCCGAGCUGGAGAAGCGAUUGGACGAGCUGUCGUCGCAGUUUGUCGAUGGAGUCGUUGCUGUAAACCCCAGCAGGCCCAAGCAGCCGUCGUCGUCGUUGUCGACGGGGCCGGAGUCGCGGCGGCAGAAGACCAAAUGUGAUAGCAUUGUCACGUUUGAGUAUCUGUUCCCGUCGCCGAGGUCAGAGAGUGCCGAGGCUUCGGGGUGGAGCUCCGAGGCCGGGAGUAACGACUAUGUUAAGGUUGAUCGGCUGUGGCCCGAUGCGGCGGAGGCGGAGGCUUUGCUGCUUCAGUUUCAUGAUACGCAUGCGCCCUUGGCACCGUUUGUGGUUGUGCCGAAGCAUUUGACGGCGGCGGAGCUGCGUCGACAGAGGCCGUUUUUGUGGAGCGUGGUGAUGAUGGUGAGCUGCUUCGUUGAUGGGCCGAGACAGCAUCGGUUGGGAAAGGAGGUGAUGACUGAGCUGGGGAGGUUAAUGGUGAUGGAAGGGAGUAAGAGACUUGAGACUCUACAGGGUCUGUUGCUGAUAAUCGGCUGGCACAACUUUGCUUUGAGGAGUGCACAGUUGACCAAUCUACUCUUCCUCGCAAGAUCGAUGAGUGUAAAUACAGCCAACACCGGAUGCCUAUGUGGCGCCACCGGCCCUACCAGCAAAGACGAGAUCAGAUGGGGAGAACUGGAAUACGCACGAGCAUACGUGGGGACAUACUACGUCAACGCCAUCGUCUUCAACACGAACAAAAAGGCAGAUGCUUUUAUAAACACUUCACAACUGGACAAUUUCUGCAACAUGCUUACUUCGCCAGGAGAAUAUCCCUCUGAUAUAUACUUGGCGAAGCUGGUCAAGAUACAGAUGCUGUCGCAGUCAAUAUCUAUGGCCAUGACGUUUGAUCCUACGCAGCCGCAGCCGAUGCAGCUGCCCCUGACGAUGGUGAUACAGACGUUUCAGGAGCAGAUUGAUGCAUAUCGGGCAUCGUUACCAGCUCAUCUUGUUGAUAAUGGCAAGUUCUUUUCAUUCCCUUUCUCUUAUUCUUUUAACAGCACCAUCCAAUGCCACAUGGCCAUAUCAGAAAUUCUCCUCGCCGACAUGUCCAUCUCCGACUCCCACUGCUCCUCAGUCGGCCUCCCACUCGAAGACCGCAUCCAACUCCUCUGGUCCUGCCUCCGUGCCCUCCGCCGCUUCUACACCGCCCACGCAGCCGUCAAGUGCUGCGACCUCAGCGACAAGGAGCAGCGCAACUUCCUCGGCCUCAACGCCUCGGAUCUCGCCUACGCCAUCAUCACGGGCAUCAAAAUGCUCAUCAUACGGCUUCCCGGGUGGGACCCCAGGUAUAUCGUCUCCGAGCUGGGCAUCAGGGAGAUGCUGGAUCGGGAGGUUGAGGUCGUGGGCGCGGUCGUAGCGCGGAGGGAGAGCGAUCGUUGGAUGGAGGAGGAUCCGUUAGAUAGGAUGUACAAAUUGUUAAAAUACGGUAGGGAUUUGGUGGAUUUGCAGCUGCAGAAAUUGGGGAUGGAGAUGGAUGUGAGGAGCAGUAGUGAUUCUGCGUCUUUGUCGCCGCCGUCUGUGGUGAAUAAGAGGGAGGAUGGGCCGGGGUGGAUGAUGAUGGGGAUGGAGGAUUUGGAUGAUGACUUGUGGCAGAGCUUUAUGAAUGAUACGGCGUGGAGCUUGAAUGGGGAGCCGAUGGUGAUGGAUGCGUUUUAA